AAGUAAAAUCAACAGAAUCAGCUAAUGGUCAAACUUCUCACUCACGAUCUCACAGUUCCAAUCUGUGACUUUCCCUCUUAUGGAAUGAAAUUGUUUCUUCAUUCAAAGCUAAGUCACCUAAAUUCACGGCUCAUAAAAUUGGCCAUCCACCCAUAACGAAGUUGACCCUUGACAGGACUAAAAAUAAGUCAUGAACAUGUUUUUUCCCCUCCAAAAAAGAUCAUAUUUUUCAAGAUAGAUUUUAUAUAGGUGCAUUUAUCAAUUUUUUUUCCUUUUUCUUUUUCCAUUGAACGUAUCUAUGUUGAGGUACCUGGAGGUGGAGGUGAGAGAAAUUUCAGGGGCUUCCAACUUUGUUUAACCUCUCUUCUUCCAUGCUUGCCAUUUCUUUUGUCUGUUCACAAUUCUAUGCGUUUCUUGGUUGCGGGUUGACUGGCUCCAGGUGAUUGUUUGCGUUUCCAUUAGAUUCAUUGGAAGAAUCUGGUGGAAAUGGAUGAAAUGUAGAGAUCUUACCCCAUUGGAACAAGGUGUUGUAGGCCCGUCCAUGCUUAAAGUUCUCUGCAAUCUUCUCUGAGAAGGGUCUAUUGGCUUUCUAGGAUCGGCACCCGCUACGUCUGAUUGAACACACGAAUCUACCGUGUGUUGGAUGGUUACUGGGUGUGCAAUCUGAGGAUGGAACAGUUUCGGCAGAUAGGAGAAGUAUUAGGAAGCCUAAAGGCCUUGAUGGUGUUCCGCGGCAAUAUACAGAUCAACGGGCGUCAAUGUUGUCUGUUGCUGGACAUGUUGACCUACGCUUACGAAGUCGUGGCAGACGAGAUGAGACAGAACCUGCGAUUCGAAGAGAAACAUGCGAAAUGGAGGAUCCUGGAACAGCCGUUGAAAGAUCUCCUCAGGGUAUUCAAGGAAGGAGAGAUCUAUGUCAGACUCUGCUUGGACAAUAAGGACUGGUGGGCGAAAACCAUGAUCCUAUAUCAGAACACAGAUUGCAUUGACUUUCACAUCCACAACCUGUUAAGUUGCAUGCCGGUCGUCAUCGAAGCGAUUGAGAUCGCAGGAGAAAUUACCGGUUGGGAUCAUGAUGAGAUGCAGAAGAGGAGAUUGGUAUACUCGAAAAAGUACCAAAAAGAAUGGAAGGACCCGAAGCUCUUCCAAUGGAAAUUCGGCAAACAAUAUCUCGUGACUCAAGAUUUCUGCAACCGGUUAGAGCAAGUGUGGAAAGAAGAUAGAUGGCUUCUUAUGAAUAAAAUCCGGGAAAAGAGUAUUUCGGGCUCAGCAACAAAGUAUGAGCAGCGACUUAACGAUCUGCUAUUAAGGAACUUGGAUUUGUGGGAGCCUUCCAAUUGGAAACUCUUGCCAUGUUCGAUCUUAGUUGGGUCGAAGGACUACCAGGUAAGGCGGCGGCUAGGUAAUGGAAGCCAAUACAAGGAGAUACUUUGGUUGGGUGAAUCCUUUGCUUUGAGACAUCUUUUCGGAAAUACCGAGACCCUAGUUCCCGAGAUUUCGUUGAUACAUUCUCUCUCCCACCCCAAUAUACUGCACUUUCUUUGUAGCUUCAUCGACGAGGAAAAGAAAGAGUGUUUCGUGGUUACGGAGCUGAUGAACAGAGACCUAGGCAGCUACAUCAAGGAAAUCUGCGGUCCCCGAAAACGAAUUCCUUUCUCUCUGCCUGUCGCCAUCGACUUGAUGCUUCAGAUUGCUAGAGGGAUGGGGUAUCUCCACUCUAAGAAGAUCUACCAUGGAGAUCUCAAUCCUUCUAACAUUCUGGUGAGGGCAAGGGGUAGUUCAGGAGGAGAAGGAUACUUGCAAGCCAAAGUCUCAGGAUUCGGCCUGUCUUCCUGUAGAAACUCUUCCCAAAAGACAUCUUUAAAUCAAGAUGGAAUCAUUUGGCGCUCUCCCGAAGUUCUAGCCGAGCAAGAAGAGACAGGAAGUACCAGAGACACGAAGUACACCGAGAAGUCCGAUGUCUACAGUUUCGGGAUGAUUUGCUUUGAACUUCUAACUGGAAAAGUACCCUUUGAGGAUGCGCAUCUUCAAGGGGACAAAAUGAGCCGGAACAUCAGGGCAGGAGAGAGGCCCUUGUUCCCAUUCCAUUCGCCGAAGUACUUGACCAACUUGACAAAGAGAUGUUGGCAUAUCGAUCUGAAUCAACGGCCAAGCUUCUCUUCCAUUUGUAGGAUCCUUCGCUACGUGAAGCGCUUUCUCGCGAUGAAUCCUGAUUGCAGUAGCCAGCCAGACCUGCCAAUGCCACCUGUGGACUACCAUGAUAUCGAGUUGAGGCUACUGAAGAAAUUUCCAUCCUGGGAGUCCCCCAACCCGUUGCCGGUAUCGGAUGUACCAUUUCAGAUGUUCGUUUACAGAGUAGUGGAGAGGGAGAAAUCGAGUGCUUGUCUCAAAGAGAACUCUGAAUCGGGUAGCGAGGGAGCCUCCAUCUGCGGGGAUGAAGGCACAAUCAGUUUGGAUGAUCCUCUCCCGCUGGCACCUGAGACGAAAUUACCGCUCUCCCCUGAAAGUUCGAGCAGGAACUUGACAUCGUUGAAAAGACUAACAGAUGUCAAACAAAACAAACAACCUGGUGAGAUUUUCUUCUUGUUUGGGGAAUCUACUUGGCAGUACUUCAUUUUAAGAUUAACGCUCAUUUCUCUGGUUCCAAAUUACAAAACCAGAAAAUUAACAUGUUGGUAGAUACUGUUUGUGGGAUGGCUGCCAGUGUCUAAAUCUUAACGCAUCAAGAAGUUUAUCAGGGCAAAGGAUCAUCAUACAUUCUACGCUCUCUGUAUAUUCACUUUUCAGUUACCAGUUCCACCAUAGAAUCAUAGAAUAUCUCUCAACUGUCACCCUACAACGAUGUUCCUGUCUCACUCUUCUCAUUUCUAAAAAGAAAGUGAAUCAAGUAAUUACUGUUAUGGACCAUCUCCUACAUACAGGUCAGGUGCAUCUUCCAGUAGCGGAACGAUCAUUUCCGUUUAGCUAUGCUCAUUUGACUCCUACCAUCGCCAUAUUAAGCUAGCUAGCAACCUUUCAUUAGGGUUUCCUUGUGCUUUUAAUGAGAACACAUGGUAGCACAGGAAAAAUUUCAGCUCUCUCCCUUACUGAAUAAAUUAUAUAUGAAUCUCUAUCCACAUUGCAGGGACACCAAGAGGGCGGUCGCUACGACCUCCACAGAUAACUCCAACUGGGCGAAGCAUUAGAAUGAUGUCAGAGAGCCAGCUACUGCAGAUGAGUCCAAAGAUGAAGAGGUCAUCGUCCGGUAACUCAUCAGAUUGAGAGCUUCUCAAUAAGCCUUAUUCUCAAACCAAGUCGCCUGCUCUAAGCACUUUACCGACUGGGAACUACAAAUUCAUCUGUACAACAAGCCUUUCAAAGUGUUUUAACUCAGCAUGGUAAAUUAAAGCAGCUUUUUCACCAUGAA